AUGGUGCCACCCGCAAUCUCAAUCGAAAUACUCUUUGCUUUCUCUGAGCGACAUUCAAGUUGGAUCGGUCUCUUUCAAUUGAUGUGGACUCAAGUUUCGUCCUCCGAACUUUCAAUCCUAUUACGGGAAAUUGAAAAGUUCGGUUUAUCGCUUUCUCCAAAGUCUAUCUCUCUCCCUAGUCGCCCGCGUUCCCUGAUACAGUCUCUUCCCAACGAGAUAUGGUCUGAGAUAUUCAUGGCUGCAUCUCACAAUUCCAAUAUCCAUGAUUCUAUUGCCUCGCCCAUCAUUAUAUCUCAUGUCUGUCAACACUGGCGGCGUAUCUCUCUUUCAACAAGUGCGUUAUGGGCCACCGUUCUUCUUACGCAUCCGAGCGAAAACUAUCAGUUAUCGCGGACCGUUACCUGGCUUAUGAGGUCUCGCAGGCUUCCGUUGCAUAUCCACCUCGAUUUCCGAGAUCCAACGUGGAAUUGGGAAGAGGGUUCUCACACAUUCGGCUGGAAAAACAUGGAAAAUGUCAUACGUCUCCUUCUCCCACAGGUAUCUCGCUGGGAAACGCUAAAGUUGCUUUCAGACACCUGGGCGCCUAUAUAUACCUUCCUCCGUUACACAUCCCGCGUCCAAUGUGCACCACGGUUAAAAACUAUCGAGCUCUCCCGCUGCAACGCCUACUUCGCGGUCAAAGGCGAGACAUUUCGUCCCGUCUCUAUGAAGGAGCCCGUUUCGUGGUUCAGUGGCGGCAAGGCAUUGGCAGGGGUUCGGAGGGUAUUGCUGGCGGGCGUCCAUGUUGAUUGGUCACACUCUGGGCUGAGUGGUCUUGAGGAGCUCGAGCUCAAGUACCAUUCGAGCGACGUGAUGCCCACCCUUCAGGAGUUCACUGAUAUCUUGGCAGCUUCUCCCAAGUUGAGGCGUCUCUCUAUCCUUGGGUGGGGUCCUAUCCUCAGUGCCAAUGAUUCCGAAGAUUCCCUUUUGAGUCAUCCUCCACCUCCCAGUUCCAUAAAUUCGUAUACAUGUAGCAUCUGUCUGCCUUACCUCAAACACUUCGCCCUCGGUUUCAUCGACGUCGAAUACACUAUCAACCUUCUCUCUUUGUUCUGUAUGCCAGCGUUAGAAUCGCUGGUACUAGAAGAUAUAUCCCGUGGCUUAUCGCAUUCUGCGGAUGACCUGGACGCCACCCCGCUACUGGAAUAUCUUAUCUCUGCCCAUACAUCCUCCGUCCCUUGCAAUUCUCUCCCUUCACAUACUGGCGCCUGUACACCACCUCGAUGUUGCCUCCCCUUAUCGAACGUGUCUUCUCUGCAAAUAUAUGGUGUACUAGUUACGCAAGGCACGCUGUUCCACCAGUUUCUGCAGCAACUUCCUGUCCUUAGGUACCUGUCUUUAUCGAAUAUGGAAGAAGCCUCUCUCCGUUCUCUCGUGGCUCAACUCAUCGAUUCCUCUACACGAGGCCCAGAGGAACCAGCUAUCGUCUGUCCCACCCUUGCUGAGCUGACAAUAAAGCACCUUGAUGCCCCCACAGUCGCCGGACUGCAUUCACUAUGGGCCGACGGUGAUUUCAGUUCGCUGGCGUGCAAGAUUAUCCUUGAUUUUGAAGAUGGCGAUGUUUCGCUCACCCCUGGGCAACGUGCAUCAUUCAUUCGUGCUGGUGUACGUCUAAUGAACGAGCCCCCGAACUGCCCAAGUCCUCCUUGUCUCAAAUGCGCCAAAGGAGUCGAAUCAUGCUCAUGA